AUGGUGGACAGACGCCUGCUGCACUGCCUUUUUGCCCUACUUUGCUUCUUAACCCUUUCGCGCAUCUCCUUCUGUAAAGCAGCGGCUGGAGGUUUUUGCUCGUUUAACAAUGACUUCAUUCGAGAAAGACACAAUGAUUUGCGGCUGAAGCAUAACGCGGAUCCGUUGCGCUGGAGCACACAGCUGGAAAAGGCGGCAAGCGUUGAAGCCAAACUGAUAAAGGAGAUCUCCAAUUGCACUGUCAUGGUGAACCAAAUAAACACAAAUUAUUUUACCAUUUCGCCCAACAGCAAAGUCGAAUCAGCCGUCGAUACAUGGUAUGAAGGCAUUAACAACUAUGACUUUGAGUUAGGGCCCAUCCGCCGGGGGGACGACACCGUUUUCGAAUUCACCAGGGUUAUAUGGAAGAGCGCCGAGCUCAUCGGGUGCUCCAGCGCCUGCUGCGGUAACAGGGGGGUUUUAAUUUGUAAAUAUGACAGCAACACGAAUCAGCCAGGUACGCACAUUAAGCAGUUCACCGUUGAGAGGCGUUUUCUGGAAAAUUAUUUCACACUAUAA